GUAAGCCCAUAUUAAUUUAGGUAAUCAAGCCCAGACGAGUUCGAACCAGUGUUAGCUCUCACAUCUCACCCAAAACCCCCGUCGUCCGGCAAGCCACCUCCGCCGCCAUCAUCCAGCCACCUCCGCCACCCUCACCGGACACAGACUUCCAGGAAAGCUGAAUCGAGUUUUCAUUUCAGUUCUCCAGAUUAUUGUUGAGAAUGGCUGCUUCAAAUUCUUCUUCUAAAUUGUUUCGUGUUGGUCGUUCACUUCUAGGUGGUCUUAGCAACAAUGCUUUUGCUGGAAGCAGGCCAUCUUCCGAGCUGGCACGUCUGGAUUUCUUAUCUCAACAAACGAGAACAUUCAUACAGAUGCGGACCAAUCUGAAAGUGGUGGACAACUCUGGUGCAAAAAGAGUGAUGUGCAUACAAGCAUUGAAGGGAGAUAAAGGAGCUAGAUUGGGUGACACUAUAGUUGCAUCGGUUAAGGAAGCACACAUGGGAGGUAAAGUGAAGAAGGGAGAUGUUUGCUACGCCGUUGUGGUUCGUGCUGCAAUGCAAAAGGGUCGGUGUGACGGGAGUGAAGUCAAGUUCGACGACAAUGCUGUUGUGCUUAUCAAUAAGCAAGGCGAGCCAAUCGGAACCAGAGUUUUCGGCCCUGUUCCUCACGAACUCAGGAGGAAGAAGCAUCUCAAGAUUCUCAGUCUUGCUGAGCAUAUUGCCUAGGUAUUUGUUUUUGUCAAAUCGUUUAUUAUGUUCAAAACAAAACUUGUGUAAUUCUGUUGUCCUCGUUUUUACAAGUCUUUGCUUUGGUCUUGAGACUUGAAUGAUCUAGUUCUUGUAGAAUGUGUUUUUAAGAUGUUACGUGUGUACGAUUUACGAAGAAGCUAGAUAUUUUAUUCAAUAAAAA